GGGAGCAGGAGAGGAAGGAGAGGGGGAGGGGAGGGAGGCAGCGCGAGGGAAGAUGGCGGCGCUGAAGGAGGAGCAGAGCUAUGGGCUCUCCUGUGGCAAACUCAGCUCGGGCAGCAACAUUUCCGUGCUUCACGUCAAGCUCACCGACAGUGCGCUGCGUGCUCUCGAGGCUUACCAGAACUGCAAGGGCAAUCUCUCCUGUCAGCCAGCGAUUCGCUUUGAAGGAAACCAAGGGCAAAUCACCAUUCCGAGACCAGAUAGCCCGAAUGAUGUGCGAACAUUCACGUUUUACCUCUGCAAUGUUGGAAGGGAUAAUCCUCAAUGCAGUUUUGACUGUAUUCAGCAGUAUCAAUCCCGGCUUGGCAAUGUGCAGUUGGACUGUCUUGGGGGCAUACAGGAUAAAAUCACUGUGUGCGCGACUGAUGACUCGUACCAAGUGACCAGGGAACGUAUGACUCAGGCAGAGGAGGAGACUCGAAGCCGGGGAACAAUAGUAAUUAAACCUGGAGGUCGAUACAGAGCUAAAAGAGUGCUAUGCAAGCCAGCUGCAGGCAUCCCUGAUGCUGUUCCUGAAAGGAGGCGGCCAACACCAGUGAACUUAGCGAAUGUAAUGAAGAAGUAUGUUAGUAGUGUUUCCCAGCGACCCUAUCGAGACAGAGUCAUCCACUUACUCGCUCUGAAAUCCUACAAGAAACCAGAGUUAAUUGUUCGGUUGCAGAAAGAUGGAGUCAGUCAGCAGGAUAAAGACUCCUUGGAAAAUCUCCUACAACAGGUGGCCAAUCUGAAUGUCAAGGAUGGUACCUUCACCCUGAAAGACUUUGCAUACAAGGACAUCCAAAGAGACUGGCCGGGUUACUCGGAUGGCGACCAGCAGUUGUUAAAGAGAGUUCUUGUUCGGAAAUCCUGUCAGCUACACAAUGCUGGUGGGGGCACCGGGGAGACACCUUCAUCGAGUCCAAAGGACAGUGCAACUUCAGCCUCCCCGCCACAGAAACGGCCACUGCCCAAUGAUUUCAUCGAUCCGCUGGCUAAUAAAAAACCCCGAAUAUCUCUUCUGACUAGUCGAGUGCCUCCCACUUUGAAUGGGAGGUUAAAACCUUCCAAUGGGAAAGAGGCAGCAGCUGCCACCGUUGAUGCGGCCACCCCAGAGUCCGGAGGCUCGUCGUCCACCGUGCCAUCGUCCACUGUGCCGUCGUCCACCGUGCCAGCGCUGGGGGAAGCCCAGCGAGCUCACCAACCUCUCUCUGACGUCAGCAACGACUCUAGCCAGAAUGGCAGAGAUUGCGAUGGCCCCAGCGCCCCGGAGCGGCCCGGCUGUCCGGUUCCUCUGCACCCGCCCAAUCCCAGCGUGGCCAGCGCCCCUUCAUCUCACCUGAGGUCGAGAAAAAAGUCUAAAAAGCACAAAGACAAGGAGCGAACGCGGGAGAAGGAAGGUGGUGAGGAGGACUGUGGAGAACGAGAGAGAGAUUCCAAGUGUCUUCAGAGCUGUAGGGAGCAGAAGAAAGAUUCCGCACAGAAGCCUUCAGGUUUGAACGGGAUGUGCAACAGCUCCAGUGUUCCGACUCCAGCAUCGGACGCGCCUGAUUACUUACUUAAAUAUGCAGCGAUUACAUCGCAGGAGCAGAGGCAAGGUUACAAAACUGAUUUCAACGCAGAAUAUAAUGAGUACAGAGACCUGCACUCCAGGAUAGAGAGCAUCACCAGGCGGUUCACACAGCUGGACGCUGAGCUGAAACAACUCUCGCCAGGGACUGCCAACUACAAGAAUAUCCACGAUCAGAUUUUACAGGAAUAUCGUAACAUUAAAAAGACGAAUCCCAACUACAGCCAAGAGAAAUAUCGUUGUGAAUAUCUGCACAACAAACUGGCUCACAUUAAGAAACUAAUAGCAGAAUAUGACCAGAAGCAAUUAUAAUCCUGGCAUUAGCCCAGCUUUACCGAUUUGAGAGGGAGAGACGGCAAGCAAUUGCAUUUAAUUGUGUUUCCAGCUUCUCCUGCGUGUCUGCUUCAAGAAGAUGAAACUGCAGCAACUGAGACCAGCACUAACCUUAAUAAAUAGAGAAAAAUGUGGGAAUAGGAGGGGGAGGGG